AUGGGACUCGCCCAGUCGUCCUCAAAAAGAUACCAAGAGCAUAUUUUCAAGCUGCUUCUCUUGGAAAAACACUUGCGACGUCAAGCAAACCGUUGCCAACGCGAGAGAGAGCGGUACGUGGAGCAGCUCAAGGCAGCGCUCAAGUCGGGAAACGCGGAGAUGAGCGUGGUCUCUGCAGAGAGCGCUGUUCGCAAAGCGAGAGAGCGCACGACCUAUCUGCGACUGGCGGCUCGUCUAGACGCAGUCGUGGGACGUCUCAAAGCAGCGCGCGACUUGGGCCAGAUUGGCUCUGAAAUGGGCCUUCUCGCCUCCGACAUGGAUAGCGCUAUUCGCGUGCUUGACGUGGAGCGCUUGGAGAGUUCGCUUCAGCUCCUGGAGAAUCGCUUGGACGACGUCCAGGUUCGCGACGUUCUCAUAAAUAGUGGACUUGAUCGUGUAAGCGCCGGGGUUGCGAGUCAGACACCCGAGGAGGAUGAGGUCGCUCUUCUUAUUCGACAAACGGCAGAGGAGAACAACCUCGAGCUAAGUCAUGCGCUGGGAACGGCCCCUACUUUACCACUUUUACAACGUGACCUCGCUCAGGCCCAGGAGAGGAAACGAUUGCAACAGGAGCAAGCCGAUCUGAGUGCACGACUUCGGGCACUGCAGUUGCCGUAA